AUGAGAUCAAUUGAGUUGAUUCUAGCGUUGGUUUUGGCGCAAUUGUCGCUUGUAUUGGCUAUACCAACAAGAGACAUUUUUUUCAACUAUCAAAGCAACGCGGCUUGUAUCUUGGUCAACGAUACUUCAUAUACCAACUUCAAAUUCAAUUUUGCAAACACGGCCUUGGAUAAGCAGAUUCCUUUGAUCAUCUUUAAUUAUGCCGACUUGCAAUAUUUCAAAAAUUUGCCAAAUUUAAAUGCAUUUUUGAACCACACUUAUCUUGAUGAGAAACCAUUCUUGAAACUAGGCAGCGAGAAAAAAAAUGGCGAUGGAAAAGACGAUGAGAUGGCGUUUGAUCUCAAAGUGUUUAGGAGUUUUGAAUUUCCUGAACAUGUUGAAAAGAGGUUGAUUAAAGAAGACGGCGAGUUCACUUAUCAUGUUCCUGAGCCCGGUGUGUUUUGCGUUUACUUGCCGCUUUAUUCAUACGAUGGCAACUUGAUUCAUCCAACCAACUACCAUGCCAAUAUGGAGAUCCAAGAGUUUCAGCCAAUCUCGGUGUACAACGAUAUUUCCGCUCACAUCACCAUUGCCAUAUUGUUUGGCUUGGCGUUGUUGCCGUUCAAGUACAUUUACAAAUUGAAAACGCUUCGGGAUUUCGACAAAAUCACCCCCGUGGUGCGAGAAGCGGCUCAGAUAAUCUUGGUGUACGCCGUUUUGAAUGGUGUCCAUGUUGUGUUAGAAUUGACCUACUUGUUCAUCCCAAACAACUUUAUUCAUUCCUUCACCGAGGAGUAUUUCAGUUAUUUCAAAGUGCUUCUCUUGGAAAUCUGGCAAAAAUACGUCACCACCAUGAUCUACUUGGGCUUGGGGUUCGGUAACCUCCCUGAAACACAGCAGGGUCCAAGAAACCUAAUACAGGCAAUCUUUGUAUUCAAUUUCAUAACUGCAAUCUUGUUUCGUUCUUUGACCAAGCGCACAGAGUCCGCCGUUGAUAUUCUCAUCAAUGAAGAACCGUUCCAGAUUAUCCACAAGUCAAUCUUGGUAAGCCGGUUCUAUAGCAACGUCGUUACCAAGCAGUACUCUGAGAUAAUGAAAACCAUCAUCAUUUACUCCACCAGGGCCCAGUUCAUUACUGGUUUGCUUUUGCUCGUGGCUACUUUUUAUUCCGGGCUCAAGUUGAUUUUGCAUUUUAAAAGCGACAAGACUUUGCUUAGACCUAUCUUAUCGUCAUUCUUGCUUCAAUUGGUUGCAUGGAGUACAUUUGGUAGACACAUUAUCUACCAAUUGUACAUCCGGUUGGUGUUUGCCGGUGUUUUCGAUGUAGGCGAGUUAUUGAGCUCAAUCAGCACCUUGAUGGAAUACUACGAAGUCAGAAUGGCCGGCUCUUCUUUGGUUGAGUUGUUGCUAUUGGCUUUCAUUUGGUACACCAAAAAGGCAUUCGACGCAAGUACUUUGGAAGUUGAAGAUGAAAAAACACUGGAGGAGUCGAUAGAUAAAAAGGCGGAGAAAAAGGCGGAGAAAAAGUCGUCGAAAAAGACCAAAACACAGAGCAAAAAGGAAGAUUAG